CUGCACUCUGCAAAGUGCUGCAAGGAACGGAGACAGCGUGCACCGAAAGCAUUGAAGAAUGCGAACGAAAACUUGGACUCCGGAACCUUGGGAUGAACCCUUGAAAACCAUAGUCACCAGAGAUGAACCAGUGGAGAAAAACGACGGGCCAACGGAUGCCGCAAGCCCAGCUAAGGCCGUGCCACCCACAGGUCCUGACGGCGGCCUCAGCUGGUUCAUUGCUGCCCUCUGCUUCCUCAUCAACAUGCUGUUCUCCUCGUUCAUGCGCUGCGGCGGACUCUUUUUCACCUCCUUGAUGAGCACGUACGGCUCUACCCGCGGAUACGCAUCUCUCCCGUUGAGCAUGUACGGCGGAUUCGUCAACUUAUCUGGUCUCCUGGCCGGACCGCUCAUCCACUGGUUUGGCGUACGCACGGCCGCCGUCUUCGGCGGCCUCAUGAUGGCGAUGGGAUUUAUGAGUUCGUAUUUCGCCACCGGCAUACCUUUUCUUGUCGGCUCUUUGGGAGUCCUCGCUGGGUCCGGUCAUGGAAUACUAUUCAGCUGCGUCAUAGUUGCCAUCAACGAGUACUUCGACAAACGGCGUGGCGUUGCCUUGGGCAUCAACCUGACCGGUGCUACGGCAGCAUCUUUCUUGUUCGCGCACAUAUUCGACCUCCUACUCUCAAAGUACGGCCUCCACGCAACACUGGCUAUUACAGGAGCUCUCCUACUUAACAUAGCAGCACUUGGCUUUCUUUUCCGAAAACCGCCUUGGCAAGAAUCACCGUCAAGAAGCGCCAAAGUCAUUGCAGAUCACGCACAGAAAUAUUGCAGUCAGCCAACGCCAUGCUCUUCCGAGAAAAAAACUGAAGAUGGAAGGCCGUCUGUUAUCCUAAGGCCAAGCGGAGCACUAGUAAUGGGGCCGAAUAAUGAGUCAUCAGUUAGAAGGAGACCAAGCAUAACGAGUGAACCAGAAGGCUUACCACAAGAAGACCACAACGCCGAAGACGUUCUUGACGACACAGCUGGCGAAGAUGAAUUGAACCUUGCGUGGUCAAGGAGGGGCACACUUUUGAGCGUCGCUGGGUCUUUGCUUGAAGAGGAAAAGGCCUUGUGUUCUUCGAGGCGAGGAACAGUCAUUAGCCUACCACGAAAGGGCUCGACCAUUGGUGACCUCGAUCUUCGAAAGCUUGCGCUGCUUCAAGAGGCGGCCGAACGCCUAAGCGCUACGAAAUCCACAGAAGCCGUUUUUGAAGAAAACGCAGCAUUCCUCGGCAUUGCGCAAGUCGCAGAGCUGAGGUCCAGGACUAUAAGCGAGCAGAGUUUCACGAGGCCGAAUGAUUUUGGCAACCAAACCAGCGCUUCUAUGCGAAGCACAGUCAGUAACUUGGGAUCUCGAUGCACGAUUGAAGUGCCCUGCAAACCGGAAGAGCCUAUCCGUAUCCUAAUUCAACAAGAGCCCGAACACUCAUCCGAUUCGGCCCUCGACAGCGUAAAGGAAGUUCUGCGACUGCCCCGAUUCUACUGUCACAUGCUCAGCUACUUCUCAUACUCUUUUCUCCUGGACACUGUCCUCGCGGUCACAGUGGACUACGCUGUCGACAUCGGUAUUGACAGUUCGAGUGCAGUGUUAGUGCUUACCUUCUUCUCGGUGACAGACACCAUCGGGCGACUUUUUGUGCCCCUGCUGACGGACUUCAAAGUUGUGUCGCCGCUAAGCCUUAUGUGUAUAGCGUACCUGACAAUCGCAGCCAUUGCGCUCGUGACGCCGUGCGCCCAUGAGGUCGGGCCAUUCUGGGCGGCCAUGAUUGCGCUGGGAUUACCCGCAGGGUACAUACUGGUGGCUAUCUCCGAAGCCGUUGCCGUCGAAGUUGGCCUUCGAAAUUUACCUAUCGCCUUCGGCAUCCUUUCGGGGUUGACUGCGGUCGGAUCUUUCUUGAGACCAGCAAUCAUAGGUUUCUUCCGAGACAGCUACGGAUCGUAUGACGGCCUUUUUCGUUUGAUGGGUUGCAUGGUGCUGUGCUCUUUCCUGCUGACCGCCGCACUCUGGAUACAGGACUGGCGGAAGACAUCGACGCCAGCGACCGAAACAUCCAAGGACGCCGUGGGUGACACUGACUCCCGUGCGCGUGCUGACUAGCCCUCUGAGGGCACCGUGAUUGCGUGUGAAUAAGGAAAAGAGCUUGCUCCCCCUGUUAAUUACAAGUGCCUGCAGCCGCAGUGAUGCAGGCCGGUAAGCGGAAGCAAAGGUGCCAUCGAAAUGCAAACAAUUUAUUUUGUGCCAUUGAAAUGCAAACACAAUUUAUUUCGUACUACAUCCACGAGGCAUGGUAUUGUUCCUCUCAAUCAUAACGUAUUAGAAUUCACGGUUUAACGAUGGCGGUAGAACGGCAUAUGUGCGAAUAAAAUGGUGGUUUUCUCAUCUUCGCUUCCUCUUAAGGUACGCAUACGUCGAAACAGCAAGAGCAAUGUUUUGUGCGGGGGGAUUCCCCGAGAGAUCAGCAUGGGUCGGGAAGUUGAUAUUUUAGAUUAGAUUGAUUAUUUCAUGUUUUGUGUGCAUACCACCCACUAUUCCGAAAUUGAACUUCGUUUUCUUUUAAUAACUUCAUAGUCUGGUAGAAAAAAUAUCGAUCUCAUUCUGUAUUUAGGGACCGAAUUUGUUCUUUGUCAAUCUCAAAAGUUAACGACGAUGUAAAAACACAAAUAUUAAGGUUACGAAGAUUGUCUUUUUAAAAAUAAAUUUACGCACAUUGAAGAGUGAAGCCGCAUUAUUUGAAGCCUGUGGACUGAAGCAAACUGUUCUUGAAAAAUGUCUGCACAGAGGACAUUUUUUUACGUUGCUACAUUUGAGAUUGUUUUUCUUCUAAGGUAAACCAGCGAGUGUUUCAUAAAUUGGUGACAUAUUACAACAUAUUGAUUACCAUAUCUUCUCCCAGUACCUCAAAUAAAUAUUUCAAUAAAUGGCGCCACACUGUAGAUUUUCGCGAGCUAAGCCUAAAAAUAAUGUAACAUUGAAAAGACCUUAUCUUAAUUUUUUAUAUUCCACAAAAAGACCCUCGCAGAUCUUGAAAAAAUGAUCUGAAGAAAUACGUUGCAAUGUUUUAAUUGCUGUGAGAAUAUUACGAGCACAUGUCCCAGCGUUUCGAAUUAGCACUAAAACAAUAAAAACAUGACAAAUCGACCUAAGUGGGCUUCUGCUUCUCAGUCGUUUUAACGUGACCAUAUUUACAAAACAAAAGCUCUUCUGGCACUUUGAGGAACACAUUUCUGUAAAGACGCAUUUCGGGUGCUUUUCGCUAAGAUUUAGUACCGAAAAUCCAGUACAUAGUGACACACACUCAGGCAAUCGGUACAUAUUUGCAGAGAAAGCGAUGAAAUAAAAUGCUCCAACACGGCCAUAGGACCUCGGAAAAUAAAGCAUGGGCACCUGAAGAGGUCUCCUCCAUUCUUCAUUCUUAAGCUGAGGAAUGCGUUCAACGAAAGACAUGUUGUGUUCAAAACAUUGCACGUUUCCCAAAUCACAGACAGCGGGGUUGACCCUAAGAAAACACGACCAUGAUCUGUAACGUUAAAUAGGCUUAACUAAACACCUGGCACACCUGGCAACAAUACGCACUAAAGCAAUCCUAAAAUAACGAAUUGCUUCUAGGUCAUCGGCUUUGCGUAGAACAUUUUGACAUUAUUCAGCCAUAUGGCCUUCUGCGCCAUCUUUUCGGAUGCCGGCUUAAUCACAACCGAGCUCAAAAACCAAGUGAGGUUUCCUGCUUCGUUAGUGUUAACUAAUAUAUGUUCAAAAUGCAGAUUUUUACCGCUUCUUAGAGUUGAAGCCACAUGAUAUCAAACAUUGCCAUCAAGAGGGGGCAAGCGCUUAAUUGUGGAGUAGGCAACCGGCGGAUGAAAAUGAUAAACCGUUUUCGGGUUCAGCCAGUGGCAGCAGUCUUACUUGAAAUCGAUAUGCUUUAUGCUUUGGCUGUGGCUUUCGCAGCCUAUUCCCAUUUAAGUGUACUGAGCCAAUGCGUUGAAAACAUAUGACUGUCAUAGCUGCCUCAUGCGAGAACGUCGGUAACCAAGGUGGCAAUAAGAGGGGGAUCUCAAGCCCCGAAAUUGAGAGAAAAUUUGCGUAUUUUAGAAGGCCGUGCUCAAUGAUCAUUUUCAUUUAUUAAAAAUGCCUUUUCUUUGCGAAUAUGUUCACGUUCAAACAACUCGGAAGCUCAAGCCAACUUUUUUAGGUUCAUUUGUCAUGUGUUUAUUGUCUUAGUGCAAACUCGAAAAGCUGGAACUCGUACCCGUAAUAUUCUCGCUGAAAGUAACAUAAUUCAACAAGUUUCCUCAUAGUAUGUUUUUCCAGGAUUUGUGAAGAUCUUUUUGAGAGAUUAUAUGAAAAAUUUAGGCUGACUUUUUUUAUUCUCAAUUUUUCAAUAGGCUUAACUGUUCACAAACUUGAAAGUCUCAGGCUAUUUAUUGAAAUAUUUUUGAAGUACAGCAACGGUAUUGGCAGACAAUAUUGCAAACAUUAUGUUGUAAUAGGUUACCAAGUUAUGAAACACUCACUGGUAUGCCCUAAGAGGAAAAAAUUUAAAAUCUAGCAACAGUAUUACAUCUGACGUGUUCAGACAUUUUUCAAAAAAAACAGUUUGCUUCGGCCCACAGGCUUCAAACAAUGCUGCUUCACUCUUCAUUACGCGUACGUUUUUUUAAAGAAGAUUCUCUUCGUAACUUAAACGUUUGUGUUUUGAUAUCGUCGUUAACCUUCGAGGACGACAAAGAAGGAAAUUUGUCUCUAUUUAUAGAAUAAGUUCAAUUUUUUCCUCCUAAAUUAUGCAGUUAGUAAAAAACGAAGUUCAAAACUUUCGGGCUACUGGGUAGUAUAUGCACAAAAUUUUUAAAUAAUCAAUCAAAUCUGAAAUGUAAACUUUCGGACCCAUGUCGACCCAACAACGAAAAAGAUGACCUGUCAGUUUUUUUCUUUUUUUGUGGUGGGCCACCGCGUGAACAACACAUAACCCCAGUUAAACAUAAACGCCCACGCUCUUAUGAAGCGUCGCUCUUCCCACGACUCCAUAGAUGCAGUAUAUUUACAUUGAAACGAGCGUAUUUAGGGAGCUCCAUGUGUGACAAGUUAGGACUCACCAAGAAUAGUUACAGGUAAUCUUUUUUUUCCUUUUUGUUAGCACGAACAUCCAGCAUCAGUUGCAACGAGUUCCAGCAGAAAGGAGGAAUUGUCGUUGAACUCAUCUGCUGGUGUCGCGCUUCGUCUGGGCGAGACGGGUAGGCGGUAUAUUUGCUGUUUAUGACAAGGUGUGCCGCGAUGUCUGACUAUCUAUUCUUGUGCUAUACGUCAUGUCCGCAAUAAACGUUUCAUUUCCCAA